CACUGAGUUGUAUGUAGAUCAAUAAUGAAACCCGACUGUUAGAAAAUAACCGUUAUUGAGAGGAAAUACAUAAUGGCACAGAAAACCACGAGAAUUGAGAAUGAACAGCUAUGGCGAUUUCUUCUGGCCGGAGCCUCCAAUAUGUGCGGUGCAUCAGUCACCAAUCCUAUAGAUGUGAUCAAGAUUCGAAUGCAGCUAGAAAAUGAAUUGUCUAACCAGAAAGGAAAGGUUGUGGAAACGUUGAAGAAUAGAUAUUAUAAAGGAUUUGCUCAUGGUGCUGUUGUUAUCUUUAGAGAUGAGGGGAUACGUGGUUUAUAUAAAGGGUGGGCACCAUCAAUGUUAAGAGAGAGUUCAUAUAGCAGUAUAAGACUAGGUAGCUAUGAACCUAUAAAAGUAUUAUUGGGAGCUACAGAUCCAGCUCAUACUCCGUUAUGGAAGAAAAUAUGUGCUGGUGCUAUCUCAGGUACAAUCGGCAGUUCAAUAGCUACACCAACAGAUCUAGUAAAGGUUCGUCUUCAGGCGCAACGAGUUCCUAAACCUGGUGAAUCACUACGAUAUCCAUCCAUGAGGGCAGCUUUUAAAGAAAUUUUUCAGAAGGAAGGUAUACGUGGAUUGUAUGUUGGGGUUGGUCCAACUGUUAAAAGAGCAGCUAUAUUAACUGCUACACAGAUACCAGCGUAUGACCACACUAAACACACCUUAUUAAACAGUGGGCUAAUGGUAGAAGGACCUAAACUACAUAUUGUAUCAUCUAUGGUGGCAGGAUUAGCUACAGCUUUAACUACUUCACCAGUUGAUGUUGUUAAAACUAGAAUAAUGAAUCAACACAGUACAGGGGGACAGAAAACUUAUACCUCAGCAUUUGAUUGUUUCUUUAAAACUAUAAAAACUGAAGGACCUUUAGGAUUAUACAAGGGUUUUAUACCAAACUGGAUGAGAAUUGGACCACAUACCAUAGUGACCUUCUUUAUUUUUGAACAAUUAAGGAAAGGUAUUGGAAUGAGACCAGUUUGAUUUGAGGAAAUGGAUUUGAAUUUUGCUAUGAAACAUACUACCUCCAAAAAAGUGGAAACAUAGAUAUUGCUCAAUGAUUUAUAGGAUAAUGGAUACAAUUUUGGGCUGAAGGCAAUUUACCCAAUACAGAUUGUAAGAAACAUAAAUAACACAACAUCAUGAUCAGCAUCUCGAGCCCAAUAUUCUCUCGUUGUGAAAACAAAUAAUUCAGAGUGUAUGUACAUUUACGGGUUCUUCCGAAAUUAGACGAUACCACAGGGGUCCUUAAUACUUCAUACUCAGGAAGGAACUUACAGUUUGUUCAGUAAACAGAGAUUUUUUGAAAGUUUUAUAUAUCUUUUUACCGGUAAAUCAAAUAUUUGUUACAAUAUCUUUAUUAUACAAUGAAUAAAUAUUUUAAUAUGUUAA